AUGAGUGCUAAUACACCUUGGAAAAAUACUGCUGAGCAGUCGUUAUAUAAAAAUGAUCACCAUGUUGAAGGUGAAUUUUUAUCUUCAACAGCAGUGGUAGUACCUCAACAACAAAGUACACAACAAUGUGGACAAGAAAACCAGAUGAGAAAAAAGAAAUGUCGUGGUAAUCGAAAAAAGCAACGUUAUCGCCGACAACUUUAUAAUCAAGGUUUCGAUUCUGACACGGUGGCAAAAUUAGUUCAGGAAAAGUUCCAUCCUCAAGUACAACAACAACAAAAUAAAUCGAUAGUUGAAAAACAUGACUUAAAAAAUAGACAAACAACAUCACCAAGAAAUAAUAGUUAUAAUCCAACGGCAAUUGAAACAGGCACGAAACGAAAAAGAAUUUUGUUAACACCAACACCAACAACGGAAACA